ACUGAUACCUGUGCUGGUAAAUGGUAUGAAAUAUUCAGAGAUUGAUAUUAUUCUGUUGAAGGGGGAUGUUGAAGAAGAUGAAGCUAUUCCAGAUAGUGAACAGGAUAUAAGACCUCGUUUUCAUCGUUCACGGACAGUAGCUCAGCAACAUGAAGAAGAUGGUAUUGAAGAUGAUGAUGAUGAUGAUGAUGAUCUUGAUGAUGAUGAUACUAUUUCUGACUGGAAUUUAAGGAAAUGCUCUGCUGCUGCUCUAGAUGUCUUGGCUAAUGUAUUUCGUGAUGAACUUCUGCCACACAUCUUGCCCCUCUUGAAGGAAUUGCUCUUCCAUCCCGAAUGGGUAGUUAAAGAAUCGGGUAUCCUUGUUCUUGGAGCAAUUGCUGAAGGCUGUAUGCAGGGUAUGAUUCCAUAUCUUCCUGAGCUGAUCCCUCACCUUGUUCAGUGCCUCUCUAACAAAAAGGCUCUUGUGCGCUCCAUUACAUGCUGGACUCUUAGUCGCUAUGCACACGGGGUAGUUAGUCAACCCCCAGACACAUACUUGAAGCCAUUAAUGACUGAGUUGCUAAAGCGUAUUCUGGAUAGCAACAAAAGAGUACAAGAAGCUGCCUGCAGUGCCUUUGCUACUCUAGAAGAGGAGGCUUGUACAGAGCUUGUUCCUUAUCUUGCAUAUAUACUUGACACUUUGGUCUUCGCAUUUAGUAAAUACCAACAUAAAAACCUGCUCAUUCUUUAUGAUGCUAUAGGAACUCUAGCAGAUUCUGUAGGACAUCAUCUAAAUAAACCAGAAUAUAUUCAGAUGCUAAUGCCUCCAUUAAUCCAGAAGUGGAACAUGUUGAAGGAUGAAGAUAAAGAUCUCUUCCCUUUAUUAGAGUGCCUGUCGUCAGUUGCUACUGCCUUGCAAUCUGGCUUUCUUCCAUACUGUGAACCUGUGUACCAGCGUUGUGUAAAUCUGGUGCAGAAGACUCUUGCACAAGCCAUGUUGCACAAUGCUCAGCCAGACCAAUAUGAGGCUCCAGAUAAAGAUUUCAUGAUUGUGGCUCUUGAUUUACUCAGUGGUUUAGCUGAAGGACUUGGAGGCAACAUUGAACAGCUAGUGGCUCGCAGUAAUAUCCUAACACUAAUGUACCAAUGCAUGCAGGAUAAAAUGCCUGAGGUACGGCAGAGUUCUUUUGCACUGUUAGGUGAUCUGACAAAGGCCUGUUUUCAGCAUGUUAAGCCUUGCAUCGCUGACUUCAUGCCCGUUUUGGGAACCAAUCUAAACCCUGAAUUCAUUUCUGUGUGUAAUAAUGCCACCUGGGCAAUUGGAGAAAUCUCCAUCCAGAUGGGUAUAGAGAUGCAGCCUUAUAUUCCAAUGGUGUUGCACCAGCUUGUAGAAAUAAUUAACAGACCCAACACACCAAAGACAUUGUUAGAGAACACAGCAAUAACAAUUGGUCGUCUUGGUUACGUUUGUCCUCAAGAGGUGGCCCCCAUGCUACAGCAGUUUAUAAGACCCUGGUGCACCUCUUUGAGAAACAUAAGAGACAAUGAGGAAAAGGAUUCAGCAUUCCGUGGGAUAUGUACCAUGAUCUCAGUCAACCCCAAUGGAGUAGUCCAAGACUUUAUUUUUUUUUGUGAUGCUGUUGCAUCGUGGAUUAGCCCAAAAGAUGAUCUCCGAGACAUGUUCUGUAAG